CUUUUUUUCAAUUACCUUAAAAACAUGUUUUUUUCAACCAAAAUUUUCUUUACGUUAUUAUUUACAAUUUUUUUUCCUAUGAGUAAUGCCAAUAAAAAAAAAAUUGAUACCAAUGAAACUGAUGAACAAAAUAAUAAGUUAUAUUAUCAUCCGACUAUUGAAUGGGAUUCAAAAGAUCCUUCUAAAUGCAGUUCCUGUGAAAAAAAUCCAUAUAAUAUGACUAUAACUACAUGUGGACAUAGAUAUUGUUAUGAUUGUGAAAAAAGUAUGCUUAAUGGCCAGUUGAAUUGUCCAUUGUGUAGAGAUAAUCCAAUUGAUCUAUCAGAUUAUCCUACUGAUUUUGUUCUACCAUGCAGUAUGCACGAUUUAUAUAAACUGGAAAUGUACCAGGGAUAUGUAACGAGGUCUAAACUGUAUAGAAAAUCUUACCAUGAAUUGUGUGACAAGAAACAGGAAAAUAUAUUAAAAUAGAGUUUACUAUUAUAUUUUUCAUAUUUUUAUAUCAGUACUUAAAUUCAAUGCCCUAGUAUAAUUAAAAAUAAAAUACGUAUUAAAAUAUAUUAUUAUUUAAAAUAAUAGUCUGUAUUGAAAAUUAUUUAUAUUUAAGAUGCACUGAAAAUAUUAGUUUAUCUGUAUGUUUCGAU